GCGCUCCAGAGAAAAUUCGCAGCCAUAAACGCGCCUGCAGUUGCUUUUAUGCCCUAAUCCAAACGAAAAACACACGUUUCUUCUUCCGUUUUUUUAGAUCCUUCCAUUAAAAAACCCUUCUCUCUGGCUGUCUGUCUGUCUGUCUGUCUCUCUCUGUCUCUCUCAUUGAAUUCCUUCCGUUUUUCUACUUCGUUUUGGAUUUCAUGGAAGAAGCUCUUUUUUGAAACAAUCAGAUGAAACUCUUCCAAGAAAAUCGAGAUUCAAAGCAGGUUUUUCUGUAAAUUUUCCUGUUCUUGGGAGUUUGAAGAACAGAAGAGAAGCCUGAGACAGCUCAUAUUCAUCUGGGAUUUUGAAGCUUUCUUGCUUCAUUAGGUGGUGCCAGAUAAGAAAUGGUUGCGCAGAUCUUCAUGCAUUUGAGCUUGAGAGGAUUUUCAUUCAUGGAGAUGGCUUCAUUUCAGGGUGAUGCAUGUUAAGGAAGGUUUACAAUAAAAGCAGAAACAUCAGAGAUGAAGAAACACAGAUUAAGCGGUUUGCUUUCGUCUUUCUUUGGGAGACAUGAGAACUCUGAAUGGCUUGAAGAGGACAAGAAAGAUAUUGAGAAGAAUGUAGAGAAGAUACUAAAGCUGAUCACUGAAGAAAAGGACAGAGACUCUGUUGGGAAUUCAACUGAAGGGUCUGAAUUGGCAACACUUGUUGAGGAUUUCUACCAACGCUACAAAUCACUGUAUGAACACUAUGAUCAUCUGACAGGUGAGCUAAGGCAAAACGUUCAUCACAGAGAAAAAAAGGAUAGCAGUUCUUCCUCUAGCUCAGACUCAGACUCAGAGCAUUCAUCUAAUGAGAAAACAGCUAAGAGCAGAGAAGGCAAAGCUGGCAAACAGAAGAUUUCUGCGUCGGAGUAUCAAGCUCUGCAGGAGCAGCUUGGGAGUUUAACAGAGACCUGUAAGGUCUUGCAGGUCGAGAAUGGAGGACUGAAGCAAGAAAUGGGUGAGAGAUUAAGAACUAUUAAUGAAGAAAAAGAUGCUCUUGAGUUGGUAAAGUUGGAGGCUUUUAGCAAGAUAGAGAGUGCAGAGAAAAACAUAGAUGAACUUAAAAAUGAAGCUGGAUGGUUGAAAGAUGAGAAUUCGAAAUUGCAAGUAGAGAAUGGAGGUUUGAAGCUUGAAAUGGAAACCGCAGUGCUACAAGUAGCUGAUCUCAACCAGAGAUUGGCAGCUGCAAAUGAAGAAAAGGUUGCUUUGAGCUUGGAAAAUUCAAUGGCUUUGAACAAGAUACAGCAGUUGGCAUCAGAAAAUUUGGAGGUCUUGAACAGGAUACGGCAGGCAGAGAAAAUCAUUGAAGAGUCUGGUUCUGAAAUGGGGCUGCUGAAAGACAAGAUUUCGGAAUUUCAGGCUGGGAACGGCAGUCUGAAGCUGGAGCUGGAAGCUGCAAUUCGGGAAGUGAUGGAUCUGAAGCAGAGAUUGUCAACUACAAAUGAUGAUAAGAAUGCCUUAUCCAUGGAAAACCUUGCUCUUUUGGGCAAGGUAGAACAGGCAGAGAAAGCCAUUGAGGAAUUCAAAAUCGAAGCUGAACGGUUAAAAGGUUUGAAACAUGAUCUGGAAGUUGUAAAUCAGCAAGUGGCUGAUCUGAACCAGACACUGCAAGCUACAGAGGAAGAGAAGGCUACUCUGUCUUCAGAAAAUUUGGCGCUUUUGAACAGGAUACAGAAGGCAGAGAAUCAUAUAAGUGAAUCAGAAAAUGAGAGCAAACGGUUGAUGGAGCAGAAUUCCAUUCUGCAGUCAAAUCAAAGUGACCUGCAAGAUCAGUUUCUAGAUCUGGAGAGAAGAUGGGAAGAGAGAGGAGACCAGGUUUCCACUCUUCUGAAGAAACUAGAAGAUGCUGAGAAUGAAGCAUCGGGUGUGGUCAAGGGUUUCACGUUACAGGUAAAUGAUCUGAAACUGGAGCUGGACCUGUUUCGUACUCAGAAAAGUGAACUGGAAGAGCAGGUCCAAAGGAAAAACAGUGAAGCUUCAGAAAACCAGGUUCAGUUGGAAGCUUUGAGCUGCGAAUUAACAAACAGGAUUUCAGAUCUGCAGAUGACACUGAAAGAGAAAGAAGAUAGUUUGAACGGGUUAGAGGUGAAUUAUAAAAAACUUGAAGAUCAGUUCCGGGAGUCAUCCAAGAAGCUUCAGAUUGCAGAAAAGAAGAUUGAAGAAAUAACAGAAGAGAAUGGCCUGACAAAAUCACAUGUCAAUGAUCUGCAACUAGAGCUGGAUUUGUUAUGUGCCCAGAAAAGAGAACUGGAAGAGCAGAUUGAAAGGAAAAACAGUGAAGCUUCAGAAAACCAGAUUCAGAUGGAAAAUUUGAGGAGCGAAUAUACAAACAAGAUUUCGGAUCUGCAGAUAUUACUGAAAGAGAGAGAAGAUAGUUUGAACGGGUUAGAUGUGAAUUGUAAAAAACUCCAAGAUCAGUUUGGGGAGUCCUUUGAGAAGCUUCAGAUUGCAGAAAAGAAGUUUGAAGAAAUAACAGAAGCGAGCGAGCAGACAAAAUCACAGGUAAACGAUCUGCAACGAGAGCUGGACUUGCUACAUACCCAGAGAAGUGAACUGGAAGAGCAGAUCAAAAGGAAAGACGAUGAAGCUUCAGGAAACAGGAUUCAGAUGGAAAGUUUGAGCCGUGAAUGGGGAAGUAAGAGUUCGGAUAUGCAGGUAAUGCUCAAAGAGAAAGAAGAUGGUUUUAAUGAGUUACAUACAAGUUAUAAACAACUCGAUGAACAGUUCAGGGAGUUGGCCGAGAAGCUUCAAAUUGCAGACAUGAAAAUCGAAGAAAUGGCAGAAGAGAAAGAACUGAUCAAAUUACAAGGAAAUGAUCUGCAACUGGAGCUUGAUUUGGUGUGCACCCAAAAAAUCGAAUUGGAAGAGCAGAUUGAAAGGAAAACUAAUGAAGUUUCUGAGCUAAAUGGCAAGAUUUUGGAUCUGGAGAGAGUGCUGAAAGAGAACGAAGAUAGUUUCAACAAGUUAAAUGUGAAUUACAAGCAACUUGACGAUCAGUUCCGGGAGUCUCGUGAGAAGCUUCUGAUUACAGAAAAGAAGAUUGAGGAAAUGGCAGAAGAGAGCCGGAUGACCUUCGAAUCUAAAGAUGAGAUGAUUCGGAAGUUGGAAACAGUCAGCCAAGAGCACAAGAAGGAGAUUGAAGCUGCAGGAGAAGAAAUCAGUAGAUUGAGAAUGGAAAUAAAUAAAUUGGAGGAGAAUCGGAAAGAACUCCGAGAAAAGCUUGACCUUGCAGAGCGUGAAAAGAUGGAAAUGGCUGGAGUGAAGGAGGAAUUGGUCCGAUCAAAAGAUGAGAAGCUUCAGAUUGCAGAAAAGAAGAUUGAAGAAAUAACAGAAGCGAGUGAGCAGACUAAAUCACAGGUACACAAUCUGCAACAAGAAUUGGACUUGCUACGUACCCAGAAAAGCGAACUGGAAGAGCAGAUGGAAAGGAAAGACAGUGAAGCUUCAGGAAACAGGAUUCAGAUGGAAAGUUUGAGCCGUGAAUGGGGAAGUAAGAGUUCGGAUAUGCAGGUAAUGCUCAAAGAGAAAGAAGAUGGUUUUAAUGAGUUACAUACAAGUUAUAAACAACUCGAUGAACAGUUCAGGGAGUUGGCCGAGAAGCUUCAAAUUGCAGACAUGAAAAUCGAAGAAAUGGCAGAAGAGAAAGAACUGAUCAAAUUACAAGGAAAUGAUCUGCAACUGGAGCUUGAUUUGGUGUGCACCCAAAAAAUCGAAUUGGAAGAGCAGAUUGAAAGGAAAACUAAUGAAGUUUCUGAGCUAAAUGGCAAGAUUUUGGAUCUGGAGAGAGUGCUGAAAGAGAACGAAGAUAGUUUCAACAAGUUAAAUGUGAAUUACAAGCAACUUGACGAUCAGUUCCGGGAGUCUUGUGAGAAGCUUCUGAUUACAGAAAAGAAGAUUGAAGAAAUGGCAGAAGAGAGCCGGAUGACCUUCGAAUCUAAAGAUGAGAUGAUUCGGAAGUUGGAAACAGUCAGCCAAGAGCACAAGAAGGAGAUUGAAGCUGCAGGAGAAGAAAUCAGUAGGUUGAGAAUGGAAAUAAAUAAAUUGGAGGAGAAUCGAAAAGAACUCCGAGAAAAGCUUGACCUUGCAGAAGCUGAAAAGAUGGAAAUGGCUGCAGUGAAGGAGGAAUUGGUCCGAUCAAAAGAUGAGAAGCUUCAGAUUGCAGAAAAGAAGAUUGAAGAAAUAACAGAAGUGAGUGAGCAGACUAAAUCACAGGUACACAAUCUGCAACAAGAAUUGGACUUGCUACGUACCCAUAAAAGCGAGCUGGAAGAGCAGAUGGAAAGGAAAGACAGUGAAGCUUCAGGAAACAGGAUUCAGAUGGAAACUUUGAGCCGUGAAUGGGGAAGUAAGACUUCGGAUAUGCAGGUAAUGCUCAAAGAGAAAGAAGAUGGUUUGAAUGAGUUACAUGCAAGUUAUAAACAACUUGGUGAGCAGUUCAGGGAGUUGGCCGAGAAGCUUCAGAUUGCAGACAAGAAAAUUGAAGAAAUGGAAGAAGAGAAAGAACUGAUCAAAGUACAAGGAAAUGCUGUGCAUCUGGAGCUUGAUUUGGUGAGCACGCAAAAAAGUGAAUUGGAAGAGCAGAUUGAAAGGAAAGCUAAUGAAGUUUCUGAGCUAAAUGGCAAGAUUUUGGAUCUGGAAAGAGUGCUGGAAGAGAGAGAAGAUAGUUUCAACAAGUUAAAUGUGAAUUACAAGCAACUUGACGAUCAGUUCCGGGAGUCUCGUGAGAAGCUUCUGAUUACAGAAAAGAAGAUUGAGGAAAUGGCAGAAGAGAGCCGGAUGACCUUCGAAUCUAAAGAUGAGAUGAUUCGGAAGUUGGAAACAGUCAGCCAAGAGCACAAGAAGGAGAUUGAAGCUGCAGGAGAAGAAAUCAGUAGAUUGAGAAUGGAAAUAAAUAAAUUGGAGGAGAAUCGAAAAGAACUCCGAGAAAAGCUUGACCUUGCAGAAGCUGAAAAGAUGGAAAUGGCUGCAGUGAAGGAGGAAUUGGUCCGAUCAAAAGAUGAGAAGCUUCAGAUUGCAGAAAAGAAGAUUGAAGAAAUAACAGAAGCGAGUGAGCAGACUAAAUCACAGGUACACAAUCUGCAACAAGAAUUGGACUUGCUACGUACCCAGAAAAGCGAACUGGAAGAGCAGAUGGAAAGGAAAGACAGUGAAGCUUCAGGAAACAGGAUUCAGAUGGAAACUUUGAGCCGUGAAUGGGGAAGUAAGACUUCGGAUAUGCAGGUAAUGCUCAAAGAGAAAGAAGAUGGUUUGAAUGAGUUACAUGCAAGUUAUAAACAACUUGGUGAGCAGUUCAGGGAGUUGGCCGAGAAGCUUCAGAUUGCAGACAAGAAAAUUGAAGAAAUGGUAGAAGAGAAAGAACUGAUCAAAGUACAAGGAAAUGCUGUGCAUCUGGAGCUUGAUUUGGUGAGCACGCAAAAAAGUGAAUUGGAAGAGCAGAUUGAAAGGAAAGCUAAUGAAGUUUCUGAGCUAAAUGGCAAGAUUUUGGAUCUGGAAAGAGUGCUGGAAGAGAGAGAAGAUAGUUUCAACAAGUUAAAUGUGAAUUACAAGCAACUUGACGAUCAGUUCCGGGAGUCUCGUGAGAAGCUUCUGAUUACAGAAAAGAAGAUUGAGGAAAUGGCAGAAGAGAGCCGGAUGACCUUCGAAUCUAAAGAUGAGAUGAUUCGGAAGUUGGAAACAGUCAGCCAAGAGCACAAGAAGGAGAUUGAAGCUGCAGGAGAAGAAAUCAGUAGAUUGAGAAUGGAAAUAAAUAAAUUGGAGGAGAAUCGGAAAGAACUCCGAGAAAAGCUUGACCUUGCAGAGGCGGAAAAGAUGGAAAUGGCUGGAGUGAAGGAGGAAUUGGUCCGAUCAAAAGAUGAGAAGCUUCAGAUUGCAGAAAAGAAGAUUGAAGAAAUAACAGAAGCGAGUGAGCAGACUAAAUCACAGGUACACAAUCUGCAACAAGAAUUGGACUUGCUACGUACCCAGAAAAGCGAACUGGAAGAGCAGAUGGAAAGGAAAGACAGUGAAGCUUCAGGAAACAGGAUUCAGAUGGAAACUUUGAGCCGUGAAUGGGGAAGUAAGACUUCGGAUAUGCAGGUAAUGCUCAAAGAGAAAGAAGAUGGUUUGAAUGAGUUACAUGCAAGUUAUAAACAACUUGGUGAGCAGUUCAGGGAGUUGGCCGAGAAGCUUCAGAUUGCAGACAAGAAAAUUGAAGAAAUGGUAGAAGAGAAAGAACUGAUCAAAGUACAAGGAAAUGCUGUGCAUCUGGAGCUUGAUUUGGUGAGCACGCAAAAAAGUGAAUUGGAAGAGCAGAUUGAAAGGAAAGCUAAUGAAGUUUCUGAGCUAAAUGGCAAGAUUUUGGAUCUGGAAAGAGUGCUGGAAGAGAGAGAAGAUAGUUUCAACAAGUUAAAUGUGAAUUACAAGCAACUUGACGAUCAGUUCCGGGAGUCUCGUGAGAAGCUUCUGAUUACAGAAAAGAAGAUUGAGGAAAUGGCAGAAGAGAGCCGGAUGACCUUCGAAUCUAAAGAUGAGAUGAUUCGGAAGUUGGAAACAGUCAGCCAAGAGCACAAGAAGGAGAUUGAAGCUGCAGGAGAAGAAAUCAGUAGAUUGAGAAUGGAAAUAAAUAAAUUGGAGGAGAAUCGGAAAGAACUCCGAGAAAAGCUUGACCUUGCAGAGGCGGAAAAGAUGGAAAUGGCUGGAGUGAAGGAGGAAUUGGUCCGAUCAAAAGAUGAGAAGCUUCAGAUUGCAGAAAAGAAGAUUGAAGAAAUAACAGAAGCGAGUGAGCAGACUAAAUCACAGGUACACAAUCUGCAACAAGAAUUGGACUUGCUACGUACCCAGAAAAGCGAACUGGAAGAGCAGAUGGAAAGGAAAGACAGUGAAGCUUCAGGAAACAGGAUUCAGAUGGAAACUUUGAGCCGUGAAUGGGGAAGUAAGACUUCGGAUAUGCAGGUAAUGCUCAAAGAGAAAGAAGAUGGUUUGAAUGAGUUACAUGCAAGUUAUAAACAACUUGGUGAGCAGUUCAGGGAGUUGGCCGAGAAGCUUCAGAUUGCAGACAAGAAAAUUGAAGAAAUGGUAGAAGAGAAAGAACUGAUGAAAUUACAAGGAAAUGCUGUGCAACUGGAGCUUGAUUUGGUGAGCACCCAAAAAAGUGAAUUGGAAGAGCAGAUUGAAAGGAAAGCUAAUGAAGUUUCUGAGCUAAAUGGCAAGAUUUUGGAUCUGGAGAGAGUUCUGGAAGAGAGAGAAGAUAGUUUCAGCAAGUUAAAUGUGAAUUACAAGCAACUUGACGAUCAGUUCCGGGAGUCUCGUGAGAAGCUUCUGAUUACAGAAAAGAAGAUUGAGGAAAUGGCAGAAGAGAGCCGGAUGACCUUCGAAUCUAAAGAUGAGAUGAUUCGGAAGUUGGAAACAGUCAGCCAAGAGCACAAGAAGGAGAUUGAAGCUAUGGGAGAAGAAAUCAGUAGGUUGAGAAUGGAAAUAAAUAAACUGGAGGAGAAUCGGAAAGAACUCCGAGAAAAGCUUGACCUUGCAGAAGCUGAAAAGAUGGAAAUGGCUGGAGUGAAGGAGGAAUUGGUCCGAUCAAAAGAUGAGAAGCUUCAGAUUGCAGAAAAGAAGAUUGAAGAAAUAACAGAAGUGGGCAAGCAGAUAAAAUCACAGGUACACGAUCUGCAACAAGAAUUGGACUUGCUACGUACCCAGAAAAGCGAACUGGAAGAGCAGAUGGAAAGGAAAGACAGUGAAGCUUCAGGAAACAGGAUUCAGAUGGAAACUUUGAGCCGUGAAUGGGGAAGUAAGACUUCGGAUAUGCAGGUAAUGCUCAAAGAGAAAGAAGAUGGCUUGAAUGAGUUACAUGCAAGUUAUAAACAACUUGGUGAGCAGUUCAGGGAGUUGGCCGAGAAGCUUCAGAUUGCAGACAAGAAAAUUGAAGAAAUGGUAGAAGAGAAAGAACUGAUGAAAUUACAAGGAAAUGCUUUGCAACUGGAGCUUGAUUUGGUGUGCACCCAAAAAAGUGAAUUGGAAGAGCAGAUUGAAAGAAAAGCUAAGGAAGUUUCUGAGCUAAAUGGCAAGAUUUUGGAUCUGGAGAGAGUGCUGGAAGAGAGAGAAGAUAGUUUCAACAAGUUAAAUGUGAAUUACAAGCAACUUGAUGAUCAGUUCCGGGAGUCUUGUGAGAAGCUUCUGAUUACAGAAAAGAAGAUUGAGGAAAUGGCAGAAGAGAGCCGGAUGACCUUCGAAUCUAAAGACGAGAUGAUUCGGAAGUUGGAAACAGUCAGUGAAGAGCACAAGAAGGAGAUUGAAGCUGCGGGAGAAGAAAUCAGUAGGUUCAGAAUGGAAAUAAGUAAAUUGGAGGAGAAUUGGAAAGAACUCCGAGAAAAGCUUGACCUUGCAGAAGCUGAAAAGAUGGAAAUGGCUGGAGUGAAGGAGGAAUUGGUCCGAUCAAAAGACGAGAAGAUCCGAAUGCUGCAGAAAAUAGAAGGAGAGCAGAAAGAAGAGACCGACAGAAUCGAAGUUCAGCUCCGCCUAGCGAGCCGGAAGCUUCAAAUCACAGAGACUGAAUUCAAGGAGAAGGAAGAAAAUUAUCAGAGGAUGCAAAAGAAGCUACAAGAAGAACACAAACUACUUGAAGAACACAUACUGAAGUCAGACAAAAAGACAAGUGUAUUAGAAAAGGAGCUGAUGCACAUUAAAGAAGUGGCGAAAUCCGCGAUGGAAGCGCUGAGCAUUGGACUCUGCGAGCUGGAAAUUAAAGUCCAAAAAAUUGUGGAAAAUCACGGGUACGUCAAAACCCGAUUGUCAGAUUGGUCGCAAGAGCUUCAAGUUGCAAAGGUGUGGGCUGCGGCCAUGAUUAAUGAGAAGCAAGUACUAAAGAAGGAGAAGCAUGAUUUAUUGGGGAGGCUGAAGGAUACGGGGGAACUGAUAUUGGCGUUGAAAGAGAAGGUCAGAAUCUUAGAAGUAAAGGCCGGCGAGAAGGAGAGAGAAAAGGAGAGAGUGGUAGGUAAGAUGGUUGAAUUGGAGAAGAGAGUGCAGGAGAAGGAAGAGGAGAUGUUGGAUAGGAAGGAGGAGAAAAGGGAAGCCAUAAGGCAGCUCUGCUUGUGGAUUGAAUACCACCGUGAAAACUACAAUCAACUCCGGGAAUCGCUCUUGAUGGUGCUUAAAAGGAACCGGCAGCGGCAGCCAUGAUUCUCUUUUUUUUCUUUCUUCUUUUCUUUUUUUUUUUUCUGGUCAUUUUGUGUGUCCUGCAUCCUUGAUUCUGGAUUGUCAGUAAAUGGUCUUAUAUUUGUUCA